UCCGGAGCAGCAAUUGGCCCUCGCUUGCUCGGGGCUUCUCUCACGGGGACCGGGGACUCCCGGGAAGUGGACCGGCAGAGGAGUGGGCAGUCGAGCUGUCUCUGCGGGCCAAGAAGACCCCCGGCGUGAGGCGGCCUCUUUGGGCCGGGUGGGCUGGCGAGCCGACGCGGCGGCGGAGGAAACUGUGAGGCGCGUGCGGGACCGCGGCCGGCAGAGGAACCAUGGCCCCGCAGAAUCUGAGCACCUUCUGCCUGUUGCUGCUGUACCUCAUUGGGGCCGUGAUCGCCGGACGAGAUUUCUAUAAGAUCUUGGGGGUCCCUCGCAGUGCUUCCAUUAAGGAUAUCAAAAAGGCCUACAGAAAACUAGCCCUGCAGCUUCACCCUGACCGGAACCCUGAUGACCCACAAGCCCAAGAGAAAUUCCAGGAUCUAGGUGCUGCUUAUGAGUAUAUCUUCUUUGGAGAUUUUGGUUUCAUGUUUGGAGGAACUCCGCGUCAGCAAGACAGAAAUAUUCCAAGAGGAAGUGAUAUUAUUGUAGAUCUAGAAGUUACUUUGGAAGAAGUGUAUGCAGGAAAUUUUGUGGAAGUAGUUAGAAACAAGCCUGUGGCCAGGCAGGCUCCUGGAAAACGGAAAUGUAACUGUCGGCAGGAGAUGCGGACCACACAGCUAGGCCCAGGGCGCUUCCAAAUGACCCAGGAAGUGGUCUGCGAUGAGUGCCCUAAUGUUAAACUGGUGAAUGAAGAACGAACGUUGGAAGUAGAAAUAGAACCUGGAGUGAGAGAUGGCAUGGAGUAUCCCUUUAUUGGAGAAGGUGAGCCUCACGUGGACGGAGAGCCUGGAGACUUACGGUUUCGAAUCAAGGUGGUCAAACACCGAAUAUUUGAAAGGAGAGGAGAUGAUUUGUACACAAAUGUGACAAUCUCACUAGUUGAGUCUCUGGUUGGCUUUGAGAUGGAUAUUACGCAUUUGGAUGGUCACAAGGUUCAUAUUUCCCGGGAUAAGAUUACCAGGCCAGGGGCCAAGCUAUGGAAGAAAGGAGAAGGGCUCCCCAAUUUUGACAACAACAACAUCAAGGGCUCUUUAAUAAUCACUUUUGAUGUGGAUUUUCCAAAAGAACAGUUGACAGAGGAGGCAAGAGAAGGUAUCAGACAGCUACUGAAGCAAGGACCCGUGCAGAAGGUGUACAAUGGACUGCAAGGAUAUUGAGUGAAUAAAAUUGGACUUUGUUGAAAAUAAGUGAAUCGGCGAUAUUUAUUAUCUGCAGGGGUUUUUGUGUGUUUUUGUUUUUAUUUUCAAUAUGCAAGUUUGGCUUAAUUUCUUUUUUCCUGAUGUUUGUCAUGACAUAAGUAAGAAGGCUUAAGCAUGUGUCCAUUCAGACAAGAACGACCAGCAAAAGGUUACCUAAUACCUCUCCCCUUGGGGAUAAAAUGUCUGGUGCUGCUGCCUGAUUUUCAAGAAUGAAAGCUUCAAGAAGACUUGAGGAGCAAACAAAAUAACUUAAAUGGUUGCAGUUAAUUGUUAGCUAUUUCAUUCAAAAUGCCAACUGGAGAAGUCUGUUUUGAAAUACAUCUUGUUUUGUUUUUUUUCUUA